CAUCUGCGGCGUUCAUCUUCUAGUUUUUGCAACUCCUUAUUUCUGUUUUUAAGCCUCUCCUUACGGAGAAAAUAUCAACAGGACGCUUAAAAAAAACCCAACAUUUGCAACUUGUUGCAUAUUUGCAACGCCCGCCCGCGUGCCUUGGGAGUACCCAAGGCGGAGGCAUUAUGGUCAACGUAGUUUGCGGUAGCAAAGCUUACUCCUUUUCGUGGCGGAACUGCAAGGCAAUACUUCCUGCUGGCGGAAAUUUUGUGGCAUGCAAGAUGGUUAUAGCUUUGGCAUGUCAAGUGGGAUGUAGAAGAACUUCAGCUCUAUGUUGUAGGAUUUAUUCAACCUAUGUCAGGAGAAUGAGAUACAUGUUCAAGCUGAAAGAAGAAGAUGAUGCUUGUCGGCAGGCCUAUAAUUGUGGAACUUUCUUCUUGUUUUACAACUUCUCUCCUUUUGUGCAGCAAAAAGGAAAAGGGUUACUAGCCCCAAAGUUAAAGGCAGCAGAAAUAAAAAGACUUUUGCAGAAAUUUCGGAAGAGUGAGAAUAUGAUAGAGGAGUCCAUGCUGGUGGGCUGUUCGGAAGACUGCACUCCAUAUUUUGCUCUUGACCUAGGAUCCUUGCCAAAAUCUGCUGUGGAGUCUGAACUUGGUGGAUCGUUUGGAGAAUUACAGAAAGCUUUCUUCCAGUUAGAGGAGGAAGAUGCCUCUUUGAUUUCCAUGUCUCAGGCACUCCUUCGAUGGCAUGAUAAUAACCAAUAUUGUGGGAAAACCGGACAGCCCACAAUGAAGAAUUUGUCUGGGAGCAAACGAAUUUGUCAUACCAAUGGAAUCAUCUAUUAUCCACAGAUGUCUCCGGUGGUUAUUACAUUGGUGUCUGAUGGGAGUCGGUGCCUUCUUGUACGGCAGGCGUCAUUUCCUAAAGGGAUGUACAGUGCUUUAGCUGGCUUCUGUGACAUGGGUGAGAGUGUAGAAGAGGCAAUCCAACGAGAGGUUGCUGAAGAAGUAGGCCUAGAAGUGAAAUCUCUCUGGUACUCUGCAUCUCAGCACUGGCCAUUCCCAAACAGCAUCCUCAUGAUAGCUUGUCAUGCAUUAGUGCAUCCACUACAGAGCAAAUGUACAAUCAAUACUCAGGAGCUUGAAUCUGCCAGGUGGUUCAGCCAUGAGGAAGUGGUGAAGGCACUUAAACGGAAACCAAGGCCUUCCAAAGAAAUGGAUGACAGUACCUCUUUUUGGGUGCCACCCAAACAAGCUAUAGCUCGACGGUUGAUCCAGGAAUGGGUGAAGCAGAAAACUUCUUCUUAGUUUUAAAAAAAUAUGUAGGAGGAGGAUGGUAAUUUUAUAUCUGAUGUAUUUUUUGCAGUGGUUUUCCAUAUUUUGUGGAGAAGGUGCUGGUAAACCAUAUUAGGUCUUGACAUGUCUUAAAAAUUAAUUGCUAUAGAAAUCACUGAAUGGAUUUGGAAUGAGAGGUUGAUAUCCUCAUACAGUAUUAAUAUGUAGCAAAACUAGUCUAAACCUCUGUUCCUUUUGAAAACGAGUAAGAAUUGGGUGUAUCCUUGGGAUUUCUUAGUAAAGCCAUUUGUGGGCAAGCCUGGCCCUUGAAUUGCUUGCUUGUCCCUGGAAGCAUCCUGAUCAAUUGGGGUUGGGAGUAAAGUUAAAAUUCUUUUUUAAAAACCAAACCAAACCAAACCAUAUUUUAUCAAUUUUUAAACAAACACAAACAGAAAUACAAAAAUAAGAAAAUUUUUGUGCAGAACUGUGACCAUUUACACGACAUAUCACUACGACAUUCUAUACUAUACGUUUUACUUUACUUUACUGUCUUGAGUCUGUUUUAUUUUUCUGUUUUCAAUCCAUUUGUACCAUUUCUCCCAUGAUACAUAAUAUACCAAGUCUGUCAUUCCUUUCAAUUCCAAUGUUAGUUUGUCCAUUUUAGCGCAGUCAAAAAUUUUUUUAAUUAUUAAGUCAUUGGAGGGUGCCUUUACAUUCUCCCAACAUUGCGCAAAGGCCAAUCUUGACCACGAGAAGACUUAUCUAUGACCAAUUUUGCCCUUACAUGAUUGACUCUAGCAAUUUGACUCCUCUUUUUAAACAGAUGCCUCCUGUCUCUAAAAGUAAUGCAAUGGUUUGCUAAAUAUUGCUGAAGUUCGGUUCUCUCAUUCUUCCUGUGAGAAUUUGUGUGAACUUAAAGGAUUCUGAUGAGGGUGGAGGAAAGUUCAUCAUUUAUAUUUGAAAAGUUCCUAAUUAUACACACACAAGCAAAAAAGGGGAAAAGCAAGCUGAGGUGGGGUGUGUGUAUGUUAUAUUUUCCCAACAUACUUCACUGGCUUUCAGCUAACCUGCUAAUUCUGUUUAGUUUUAACCUCCUUCCAUUUCUCUUUGCUUUGGUUUGUGGGUAGGGGCUAAAGGCAGCACAUUCAAGUAGGUUAUUUUAUACAAAAAUAAUAAAUGAUUCAGUUCAGUAACCAGGUUAAAGUGAACUCAAACAGAAUAUUGAUUAAGUGUAUUAUAUGGCGUUUACGGGAACUUAUGUGCUUUGAAGGUUAGAUCCUAGCACUCCCUUAUACAAGUAGUUCUCUAUUUACUACUGGUUGCUUAGCAACUGUUUGAAGUGCUAAUGGACCACCUCAGGGUUACUUAUGGGUUACUCAGAUUCAAAGUUCCAACUGCUGCCCUGCUCCCUGCAGUUACAUGAUCGCAUUUUGGGCGCUUUGGCAACUGGCUAGAAUUUUAUCGCUAUUUACAGCAUUCUGAAGUCAUGUGGCCGUGAUUUAUGAUAAGUUUUGCCAGAAACUGGGGUUUAUUUCCCGUUUCCAGCAAAAAAAUAAGAUAAAAUUCCAUUGCAGACAAUGGAUUUGCUUAACGGCAACAGUGUUCAUUUAAUGGCUUUGAUGAUUUACUCAAUGACUCCUUCAAAAAAAAAGGUAGUAAAAUUGGACAUGUUGAUAUGAUGACCCAGGUAACACCAACAUGGUCUACUGUUACAAUUUGGGCUUCAAUUAUGAUCAUAAAUUGAGAACCUAUCUGUAUUUGAGGACUGAAUGUUUUACCGUUUUUCUUCCUCUCACUAUUUUGUUUUCUAUGAAAUACAUGAACUGUUGAAGGAAUCACGCAGUUGGGAGUAUUUAUAUUUGGGGUUCAAAUAACAAUAGUGCUUGGAUUUAUAUACUGCUCCAUACUGUUGCAGCAUUCUCUGGGCGAUUUACAGUGUCAGUGUAUUGUCCCCAACAAUAUGGCUCCUCAUCUUAUCGACCUUGGAAGGAUGGAAGGCUGAAUCAACCUUGAGCAGAUCAGGAUCGAACUCUAGGCUUUGGGCAGUGUUUGCUUGAAAAUACUGCAUUCUAACCACUGCGCCACUACUCCUUGGUAGUUGUUUUGUAAAAUUGUGAUGCUUCCAAUUUUGCAAAACAGAAUAUUUACUAAAAAUUUCAGUUACAUCCACAUGCUUCCAUGUCCACUCUAAGAGAAAUUGUGACUGAAAUUGUGAAACACUAGAUUAUCCUUUUGCAUAGGAAGAAAUGCUUCUA